GCCUCGUACCUACGUCAAAAAGUUAAGUAAUGGCAAUAAGAUACGAGUCAUUUAAUUAAAUACGUUCUUCGUACAACUCAAACUACUGAUUACAUUUUUUGCGAUAAGUUUCUCGUUUUUUCGUAUUUAUCUUCGUUAUCGCACACUCCAUUUGUGUCUCGUUGUUUUGUUGCUGCCGAAAAAUUAGUUGAUUGCGGGAAGGACACAUGAAAAGUCGUCUUGUAAAUAAUUAAUUUUUCCUCCAAGAAGACAAAGUUUUCAUUUGACCCCGAAAACAUGCCGAGCAACACAAAGAACGUGCGUCAACGUACCAGAAUGAACAGCGAAGAUUCCCGUCGUCCCCUGAUCGGAAAUCGUGGCAAAAAAUCAUCGAACGCCCGUAAUGGACUUCAAGUUUCGUUUUUGUGUUUAAUCGCGAGUAUUUCGUUGCUCGUCUUUUUCUUCGGAUUUUAUUCUGAUGCCUUGCAUCCGGUUGUCGAUCACAUUUCCGGCCAUUUGGGGUAUCAUAACAAGACGAAGCAGUUUGCUGUGGUAAUUGAUGCCGGAUCUACGGGAACGAGAGUUUUGGCGUUUGAGUUUCAUUCGGGAUAUUUGGAUGGGCGCCUGGUACUUGACAAGGAAUUGUUUAAACAGCUGAAGCCGGGAUUGUCGUCGUUCGCGACAGAUCAUACGAAAGCCGUGGAUCAGAUUGAAAAGUUGUUGGUUGAGGCGAAAGGUUUUGUUCCGAGAGAAAAAUGGGCGGAAACGCCAAUUGUGCUGAAAGCUACUGCUGGAUUGAGACUUUUGGGACCUGAUGAGGCGAAUAAAUUACUCGAUACUGCCCGAAAAGUCCUCGUUGCCUCAGGAUUCCACACGAAUGACGAAAGUGUCAGUAUUAUGGAUGGCGAAGACGAGGGUUUGUUCUCGUGGUUCACCGUCAACUUCUUAUCAGGACGUCUUACGGGCACCAAUACCAUCGCUGCCUUGGAUUUGGGCGGCGGAAGUACUCAAGUGACAUACACCUUAACUGACGAAAAGGAUUUAUCCGACACAAAAGACUUUAUCCAUUCCAUAAAUGUCCUCAAACGUACCAUGAAUGUCUUUACGCACAGCUAUCUCGGGCUGGGACUCAUGGCGACGCGUCAUGCAAUCUUCACCGAUGGCACUGACAAGACAGAAAUCCAUUCCGAAUGCGUAAAUCCCAUCAUCAAAAAUCGCAUGUGGACCUACGGCAGUGUCGAUUACAACAUUAACGGCAAAGAAAACCCCAAAGCAAAAACUCCUCAAGCUGAUUUCGAUAAAUGCUUUGAAAAAGUCAAACGUUACGUACAAAAAUUAACUCUCCCGAAACCGCCUUCGCUACAAAAACAUCAAAUUGGCGCCUUUUCCUACUACUACGAUCGCGCCAUUGAAACGGGACUUGUGGAUGCCAUCGCGGGCGGCGAAACAACAAUCAAAAAUUUCCACAAUCAAGCACGUGAAGCGUGUGCCUCGCCGAAUACGGAACAACCCUUCAUGUGUCUCGACUUGACAUUCAUCUCAACUUUACUCGAAUACGGCUUCGGAUUGCGCCAACAAACGGUGCUGCAGUUGUACAAGAAAAUCGAUGGACACGAGAUUUCGUGGGCCUUAGGAUGUGCCUAUAACUUACUGACAAGCGGGCGAGCAACGUUCGCAUAAUUUUUUUAGAAAUAUUUUUAAAGACAAUUUUAAGGGGAAAAAUUUAAUUUUUUUU